AUGGCGUCUGUGUUGUCGCUCCCACACGAGGAUCUGCAGUGCCCGGUGUGCCGAGAAAUCUUCAAGGACCCAGUGAUUCUGAAGUGCAGCCACAGCUUCUGUAACUCCUGCGUGACCCAGUGGUGGAAGACCAAACGCCAGCGCGAGUGCCCGGUCUGCAAAGCCGUGUCCGCGCGCAGCGCGCCCUUCCGCAACCUGGCGCUCAAGAACCUGUGCGAUACUUUCCUCCUGGAGAUGGAGUCCGGGGUGAUCUGCAACCAGCACCACGAGAGGCUCAAGCUGUACUGCACGGACGACCGCAUCCCGCUGUGCGUGGUCUGCAGCCGCACCGCGCAGCACCGGAAUCACGCGUGCGUCCCCGUGGAUGAGGCGGCGGACAGACGCCGCUGCGACCUGGUGCGGCACCUGCCCGCUUUACGCGAGAAGCUGGAAGAGUUCAUGACCACCAAAGACAGCUGGGAGAAGGCUGACAUCAGGAGCCAAUCCCAGGACACGCAGGAGAAGAUACGGAGGGAGUUCGAUUUGCUGCGGGACUUUUUGAGCCAAGAGGAGGAGAGCAGGAUAGCAGCGGUGAGACGCGAGGAGGCGCUGAAGCUGAAGGAGAUCAGCGAGCUGGACCGGGAAAUAUCACUCCUGGAAAGUACCAUCAGUGCCAUAGAAGAAGCGCUGAAACAGGAUGACCCGUCCUUCUUACUGAAAGUUGAGGAGCUCAAAGAGAAAGCGCAGCGUCCCCUACCGGAGCCAAAGGAGGCCAAGCACGCAAACAUGGAUGUGGCCAAACACCUGGAGAACGUGAGCUUCCAUGUGUGGUCCAAAAUGAGAAGGUUCGCGGACUUCUAUCCCGUGAUCCUGAACCCCAACACCGCCCACCAGGACCUCAAGCUGUCUGAGGAUCUGAGCAGUGUGUGGUGUGGCCCCAGACCGCCACAUCCCGCCCCCUCCGGUGCUCUGGAGAAGAAACACCACUGCGUCCUGGGCCGGGUGGGCUUCACCUCAGGGACUCACAGGUGGGAUGUGGAGGUGGGGAACAAUCCAGUGUGGGCACUGGGUGUGUGUACCGAGGAUGUCCAGGGGAGCAGUAACAUCCAGUCUGGGUUGUGGAUGUUGAGGUUGUGCAAGGGCAGAUUCACAGCAUACUCCCUUCCAGACGUGGUCUCUGUGGUCCCACACAGGGGGCCUCUGCCCCAGAGGGUCAGAGUGAAGCUGAACUACGACAGUGGAUUGUUGGCCUUCCUGGAUGCAGAUGAUAACACAGUCAUACACACGUUCAGGUGCACAUUCACAGAGAAGUUGUUCCCAUACAUCAACACCUGGGAGGAGCUCCCACUGAAGAUUUUGCCACUGAGGUACUCAGUGAAAAUGAGUUACUGAUUCUGAAUGAAAGGUUGAGAGGAAAGCCUGCUUUCUGAUUGUAAUGAAAGAAAUGGAAAAAAAAAAAACAAAGCAAAACAAAACAAAAAAAGCUUCUUCUCAGUUUGUUACCAGUCAUUCAUGCUGUUAAAAAUUUGCACCUGUUUGAAACAUGUUUUACGUUAAACUGUUUAAAUGUUGUUGUUUACAGGUUGUUUGUUUGUUAUAAAUGAAUAAGCAUGACCAAU